GCAUAAUAUCUUUAGUUUUCUCUUUUUGUUGGGGGAUGAUGGAGAGCUGCUGCUGUCCUGUGAAGUUCUCUGCUCUUCACAGUGCGCAGGGGGUUUCUCCAUCAUAUACAUGCAGAAUUAAUUUGAACGCAUUUCAGCAUAAGACUUUAUCACUUCCGUCUCAACAGUUCAUUCAGUUUACACGUAGGCAAUGUCUAUACAACGGAGUCUGGCCUUUUUUAUCAUCAAAAACACAUAGGUGGGCUGUAUAUGCUGAGAGUGGACAAAAAUCUUGGGAUUUCGGUAGAUUUUUUCGGACAUUGUACUUCUUUAACGGGCCACCAAAUCCUGCCAAGAUCAUUGCAUCAAUGCUUGAAAAAGUUUCAAGUUCGGCAUCUAUCGAAUCAGUAGAGAAAAUGGAAACUUCUGAUUUAGUCCUGGUGGCAGGGGCCACUGGAGGUGUCGGCCGAAGAGUUGUUGACAUAUUACGCAAGCAAGGGUUGCCAGUUCGUGCCUUGGUUAGAAACAAACAGAAGGCAAGAACCAUGUUAGGGCCAGAUGUGGACUUGGUUGUUGGAGAUAUUACUAAGGAGGAAACACUAGCUCCUGAAUACUUCAAAGGAGUAAAGAAAGUGAUCAAUGCAGUAUCCGUGAUUGUUGGUCCAAAGGAAGGAGAUACUCCUGACAGGGAGAAGUAUAGCCAAGGGAUCAAAUUCUUUGAACCCGAGAUAAAAGGAGAUUCACCAGAAAAAGUAGAGUAUAUUAGAAUGCGAAUUUUGAUCAAUGUUGUACAGAGUAGAACGGGUCUUCGUGAUGGAAAACUUCUGUUUGGACUCAAAGGUAAUUUAUCUGGAAAACUUUUUUGGGUUGCUCUGGAUGAUGUUGUCAUGGGAGGAGUAAGUGAAAGUACUUUUCAAAUUGAUCCAUCUGGAAGUGAGGACGGUGGACCAACUGGGUUAUUUAAAGGCUGUAUCAACUUUGCAAACAAUGGUGGCUUUACUAGUAUCAGGACAAAGAACUUUUCUAUACCUGAGGACCUUUCAGCCUAUGAUGGUAUUGAAAUGAGGGUCAAAGGUGAUGGUCGUCGCUAUAAGCUCAUUGUGCGCACUAGUAGUGACUGGGAUACUGUUGGAUAUACAGCAAGCUUUGACACUAAGGAUGGGCAAUGGCAGACGAUUAAAAUACCUUUUUCUUCAUUAAGGCCUGUAUUUCGUGCUCGGACCAAGGAUGAUGCUCCGCCCUUUGAUCCAAGCCAUAUUUUUACGUUGCAGCUAAUGUACAGCAAGUUUGAAUAUGAUGGGAAACUCAAUCCAACUUUUGUCGAAGGUGCAUUUCAGCUUCCAUUCUCAAGUAUAAGAGCUUACAUGAAUGAGCCCCUCGCACCCAGGUUUGUACAUGUGAGUUCCGCUGGAGUUACUCGACCUGAUAGGCCUGGCCUAGAUUUGAGCAAACAACCUCCUGCAGUGCGCUUGAACAAGGAGUUAGGCUUUAUCCUCACAUACAAACUGAAGGGGGAGGAUUUGAUAAGGGAAAGUGGUAUUCCUUACACCAUAGUCAGACCUUGUGCGCUGACUGAAGAGCCAGCGGGAGCUGAUCUCAUAUUUGAUCAGGGGGACAAUAUAACGGGGAAAAUAUCAAGGGAAGAGGUUGCACGAAUAUGUAUUGCAGCCCUGGGAAGCCCAUAUGCAUGCAAUAAAACCUUUGAGGUUAAAAGCACCAUUCCAUUUAGUGAACCCUUCACAGUGGACCCUUCGAACCCUCCUCCCGAAAAGGAUUAUGAUGUUUACUUCAAGACCCUAAAAGAAGGAAUAACAGGAAAAGAAGUCUUGGAAGGGAACCCAGUACCAGUUUGAAUUUAUAGUAGCUUCAAUUAUGUUGGUUAUUAAUUAUGUCAUCGAGGCAAUUCUAGCAGUCUUCAUGUGUGAUGUAAAGAUUUGCAUUCUUCCCACAAGGCUCUGUAUAUAAUACAACCAGUAUGUGCGACUUGUGAGCAAUACUUAAGAUGAGCAUGAUCUUCUGCCAAGAGAGAUGCGGACGCGGACAUCCAGGCACAUGCACAGAACUUUCGGCAUGUCUAUCAGCGCAGGAGAUGACGUGCUUCAGUUUUGCAUCGGAUUCCCACUAUGUGGUUUUAGUUGAGAUUGAGUCGAGUCUGUAUUUUCAGUUGUUUAAUUUCUUUUAAUAAGAGUUGUAGUUUAGUUUUGUUUAAUAAGAGCUUUAUUUUAGUCCCACAUCGGAUGUGGAGAGAUAUGGAACAUUUUGUAAGCCUAUUUAAAGGCGGGUUGGUUUGUAAGCAAGGUAAUGAAUUAUUGAUGAAAAAUAUUUGAGUUUCUCCAAAUAAUGAAAAUUCUUUCUUUAAGUA